AUGAGUAACAGGAACCAAGAUUUAUCCGAUAUUGAAGACGAUGAGGCAUUGUUUGAAGAACUCGAGAAGGAAGAAGAGAACGAAAUUGCCUCUUUGAGAGAACGCCGGAUCAAGGAAAUCCAACAAGAGUUUGAACGACGACAGACGAUGGGUGAAAACAGCCAUGGCGAGUUCACCGAGAUCACGAACGAAAAAGAAUUCAUGAAUAUCACGACCAGUUCCAAAUAUGUAGUGGGACACUUUUUCCACGACGAUUUUCGACGGUGCAAGAUUAUGGAUACCCACUUGGAGACGUUGUGCAAGAAGCAUUAUCAAACGCGAUUCAUCAAAAUCAACGUGUCGAAUUGUCCUUUUUUGGUGGAGAAAUUGUCGAUUCGUGUCUUACCAUGUGUAAUGGCCUGGGUGGAUGGAUACGCGCAGACAAAAAUUGUUGGUUUUGAUGAUCUGGGAGGAACGGAUGGCUUUUCAACUGCAGUAUUGGAAUUGAAAUUGACCAAUUCUGGUGUACUGAAGAAAAAGGACGAAAAAGCCCCACAAGCUAAAGGAUCUAUAUUCCAAAGCACAGGCCACAAUGAUAGUGAUAGUGACUAUGAAUAG